AGAAAAAAAAAAGGGGAGGGGAAAAAGCUUCCGGCGAUGUGGCGCGCUUUUAGAGCAACGAGGGCGACGCUGCCGUUGGUACCUGGCUGGGGUACACGGUACGGCAGGUUGUGCGGUACCGUGGUGGUUGUUGCAAAGCAAAGCAGGAUGAAUUAAAGGCCAGCACGCCGCCGAUCAACUCGUUCUUUCUUUCUGUCCCUCUCACCCCUCCAGCCGCUCUCUUUACGGUCUCCCUGCAGCCUCGUGUCGCGUGAGCUUUUCCCUCAAGGGUUUGUCUUUUUUUUCACUAGACGCCUAGUUUUUUUUAGAUAUCAACAUCUAGAUAGCCACUCCCCCCAAAAAAGCAACCAUGAGGACCUCCAUCGCCGCCGCCGCCGCCGUAUGGCUGGCUUCGUUCGCCGCGGCGCAAAAGAAGGACUGCAUCAAGCUCGUCUCGGGCGAGAGGCUCGAGGCCGAAAUGAAGACGGAGGCCGUGCUCGCCAGGGCGCAGAAGCUGCAGGACAUUGCCUACUCGACCGAGGGUCGCAACAGGCAGUGGCAGCAGCCCGGGUUCGAGCUGACGAUGCAGUACAUCGAGGAGACGCUCGAGAAGGAGGCGCCCGGCUACUACAACGUGGAGCGCCAGCCGACCUUUUUCCAGGUCGCCAAGGACCCGGCCCCCAUCGUCAUCGGCGGCGCCUCGUACGACUCAUCCCCCAUGACCACCACCUCGGAGCGCGCCCUGCUCACGGGCACAUUCGAGGACGUGCCCGUCGUUGCCGUGGCCAACCUCGGCUGCGACCCCGAGGACUACCCCGACGCGACGGGCGCCCUGACGCUGAUCCAGCGUGGCACCUGCAGCUUCGAGCUCAAGUCGCAGCUGUCCAAGGCGGCGGGCGCCGUUGGAGCCAUUGUGCGCAACGCGGUCGACAGCCCGACGUUUGGCAACGGUGUCAUUGGUGACGCGGUCGACACGCUGGUGCCGACCACCAUGAUCCGUUACGAAGACGGCGUGGCGAUCCUGGCGCAGCUCGAGGCCGGCCCCGCGACGGCGGACCUGUCGAUCGAGUACGUCAACCUGACCAGCUACAACGUGGUUGCGACGAGCAAGUGGGGCAACCAGAGCAACGUGGUGAUGCUGGGCGCACACGCCGACUCGGUCAUCGACGGCCCUGGAGUCAACGACGACGGCUCGGGCACGGUUGCCAUCCUCGAGACGGCCGUGCAGCUGGCCAAGUUUGGCGUGCGCAACGCCGUGCGGUUCGCGUGGUGGACGGCCGAGGAGGACGGGCUGCUCGGCUCGUACUACUACACGGACCACACCCCUGCCGCUGAGCUGGCCAAGAUCCGUGCCUACCUCAACUUUGACAUGAUCGGCUCCAGCAACUACGUCUACGGCAUCCUGGACGGCGACGGAGACGCCUACGGCCUUGCGGGUCCCGAGGGCUCCGCCGACAUUGAGAAGCUGUGGGAGGACUACUUUUCGACCAGGGACAUGCCGUCGGACCCGAGCGAGUUCUCGGGCAGGAGCGACUACGCCGGUUUCAUCGACCAGGGCAUCCCCUCGGGUGGUCUGAGCACCGGUGCCGACGAGAUCAAGACGGCCGAGCAGGUUGCCAAGUACGGCGGUGUCGAGGGUGCCAUUCUCGACCCCAACUACCACACCGCCUACGACACGGUGGCCAACCUGAGCGCGCCUGCCUUGGGCGUCAUGAGCAAGGCCAUUGGUUUCGCCGUGGGCACGUAUGCAAAGUCGCUCGAGGGCUUCCCGGCCAGGACUCCGGCCGUGGCGAAGAGGAGCAGCAAGCACAGUGCCAGGAUCGCCGGGCUGGACGAGGAUGCCGAGUCGUUCCAGUACGGGCCGCUCACCCUCUGGAGGAUGUAAGAAGAGGGUUGAUGUUGAUGUUGAUGUAGCAAAGUUGUUUUAUGCUUAAUGCCGUGUAUAAUGAUGAAAAGCCAUUAUAGGUACCUUUAGUCAGGUAAAUAAUUCCCAUGAUUACUCGGGCU